AUGUGCGACGCAAGAAAAGCUAUGACUCUGAUCGUUGAAAAUCAAACAGACAACAGAGGCAGUAAUUUCAACAACGAAAUUAAAGAAAACCAAGGAAAGGAAGAAAAAUCAGAAAACAGGUUUUAUAUAAAUAAUAAUAAUAAUAAUAUGAUAAUGAUGAUGAUAAUAAUAAUGACAAUAAUAACGCAAAAAUCUCAAAGAAGAUCGAUAGUUCUCUAUUCAAUAUCAUUAAUCGUGUGGCACGUUUUGGAUGCAUUGCUACUGAUGAUUCUUCUGCCAGUCGUGAUCUGGCAAUGGAUUUCAGCCAACGAUCGUUUAAAGAUCAUUCUGAAAGCCGUAGUAGAAGUUACGCUUGAACUGAUUAUGUGGGUGAUCUUCGCUGGAGUCUCCGUUCUUAUGACUACGGCGUUCGUUCUAGAAGACAUUUACUAUGGAAAAAACGACUAUGAAAGAUCUCGGCAGUUAAUGAACACACGUAACGAGUCCACGUCAAGUAAUAACGAUACACCAAAUUUUUUGAAAGGACAGAGCAAACUGAAAAUCCCCGAAGACUGA